UAAUAACAGAGUGUGACAGAUCAGUUCUUAUCUGUCUCACUGCUAUAUAAACCACACAGUACAGUUGUUAAUUAUAAGAAGGGAGAGCACAUAAAAAAUGUUUCGAUAUUUUAUUCUUCUUGUUGUGAGUUUUGGAGUAUUAUUAGGAACAAGAGGUGAUAUUGUUACCAAAGAAGUUUUGGCUGAACAAGAAGCAGAUCGAGUCAUUGGGUUACCCGGUCAGCCACCGGUGAGUUUCAAGCAGUACGCUGGAUAUAUUACUGUCAAUGAGACCCAUGGAAGAGCACUCUUCUACUGGUUAUUUGAGGCCACUACCACUCCUCAUAACAAACCACCUUUAUGGCUCAAUGGAGGUCCAGGAUGCUCAUCAAUUGGCUACGGUGAAGCAGAGGAGUUAGGGCCUUUCUUAACACAGAAAAAUAAGCCAGAGCUUAAGUUUAACAAUUUCACUUGGAAUAAAGCCGCAAACUUAUUGUUCUUGGAAUCCCCUGUUGGUGUUGGAUUUUCAUACACAAACAUCUCCACUGAUAUCAAAGAGCUUGGAGACUCUAACACAGCGCAAGAUUCAUAUAGAUUUUUGGUCAAUUGGUUUCGAAGAUUUCCACAGUUCAAGUCCCAUAAAUUUUACAUUGCUGGUGAAAGUUAUGCAGGACACUAUGUUCCCCAGCUAGCAGAACAAAUAUUUGAUAAUAAUAAAAAGGUGAAAAAAGAGGACCACAUAAACAUCAAAGGAUUCAUGAUAGGAAAUGCAUUGAUGGAUGAUGAAACAGAUCAAAAAGGAAUGAUUGACUAUGCAUGGGAUCACGCAGUGAUAUCAGAUCAUUUGUACUAUUCCAUUAAGAGAGUUUGCAAUUUUAGCUUGAAAAAUCCAGGCCAUGAUUGUAAUGACCUUCUUAAUCAGUACUUUGCUGUCUACAAAAUCUUAGACAUGUACAGUCUUUACGCUCCCAAAUGCGUUAACAACAACUUUAGCACCACCGCCAGCACCAGACCCCUUCCAAAGUCCUUCUCCAGAAUUGAAGGAUGGCACAAAGGACCAACAGGGUACGAUCCUUGUCUCUCUGAUUACACAGAAAUUUAUAUGAAUAGACCAGAUGUUCAAGCUGCACUACAUGCAAAUAUCACAAAAAUUCCUUAUCCUUGGACUCAUUGCAGUAAUAAUAUCACAUUUUGGAGUGAUGCACCAUCUUCCAUGCUUCCUACCAUCAAGAAACUAAUUGAUGGCGGUCUGCGCGUUUGGGUCUAUAGUGGAGAUACUGACGGUAGAAUUCCAGUCACUUCUACAAGAUUAACUUUGAGAAAACUUGGAUUGAAGAUCACUGAAGAUUGGACUCCUUGGUACACUAACAAUAAACAGGUUGGUGGAUGGACAGUUGCCUAUGAUGGACUAUUCUUUGUAACAAUAAGAGGAGCUGGUCAUCAAGUUCCAACAUUCAAGCCAAAGCAAGCUCUGCAGCUAGUUAGACAUUUCUUAUCCAAUAAGAAGCUGCCAUCUGUCCCAUUUUAGCAUUUUCUUACACCCCUAUCCCUAUCUUUUCUUUUUAGUGUUAUCCGAUUUAGUUUAUUGUCUUUAUAUAAUUUUUUAAUCUCAUUAUAUCAAUUUCCCAGAAAGGGUUCAAUCGAGAUUCAAAACAUUCCAAUGUAAGAAAGUAAUGCAACAGAAUAAGAAAAGUCUGAUUUUAGUUGAAA